AUGUUAUAUACACUUAUUCGAUUUAUUCGGAACUUUGCUGGUCAUUAUAUCGAUUCAGCAAUUGAAGAUUCAAAUGAUCAACAAGAUCUAUACAAAGAUAUCAUUAUCGUUAUGGUUCAUUUAGUGCAUACGUUAAGUCUUAAACGACAAAAUUCAAUUGAACAUCUCGGUUUAUUUCUUGAAAAAACUACCAUAAAUCAAUUAAUUCAGGAAAACGAUCUUCUUACUGAACCCGAAAAGCCCUAUAGUAUUUCUGAAAUCUUCUUUGGUCUUCAUAUGAAUUUCAAUACUCAUUGGUACCGACGAAAUGGAAAUAAAAAAUGUAUUGAUUUUAAUGAAUUCUCAAUAGAAUUUAUCUCAAUUUUCAACAACCUAUUUAAUAAAUAUUACGAAGGACGUCUUAAAUCACGUGGUGCACAACCUGUGUGGUAG